UCCCGACAGCCCCUGCGCGCGGCGCAGGCGCGGAGCGUGCGGCCAAGAUGGUGCUGCUGAAGAAGGUGUACGGGUCGCUGUUCCGCCGCAGCUCCACGUUCGCGCUGUCGAUCGUGCUGGGCGCGGUGGUCUUCGAGCGCGCCUUCGACCAGGGCGCGGACGCGCUCUUUGAGCACCUCAACGAAGGGAAACUGUGGAAACACAUCAAGCACAAGUAUGAAAACUGAGCAGCGCAGCAGCCAGCCUGGGGUGGCAACAGGCACUGCAGGGAUGGAUUCAGCCUCCUGAAACUGGGAAUGGAUUCCUGGUGGAACAACUCCGAGCCAGAUGCUAUCAGCCACCAACUGAUAUGAUGUGAAGCCAGAUGGACUCAAGGAGUUCAGCUGCUGUACUCAACUUACUGUGUUCAAAUUAAACUCCUGGUCCUGUCCUGUG